GGCACUUCACUCUCAAGGUGCCGCGCUCUCUAGUCAGCGGCUGCCAGCCGUCCGUCCUCAGUGCCUCAGGACUCAGACCCCUCAAUGCCACGCGGCGGUGGCCGCCACCGCGGCUUGCGGCUUUUGAGGAAGUAUACUGUAGUGGUAACGUGACCAUGAAAUCCCACUACGCCUCUGUGCCGCUGACCACGAAGUGCAAGGAGGACCUGAAGGAGGUGCAGGCGAUGCUCUUAGAUGACGCCAGGAAUCUUAACCUUCGGAGCAGUGUGGUCCAGGACGCCCACUUCACCCUGAGCGUCUACGGUAUCGACAAAAGUAAGAGAAAGGAAGGGGAGACCGAGGAGCAGCUCAUAGAAUCCGUGAAUAAGCUUUUGCAGGAUUUCCUACAGAAGAGGCCGCCGCUGGAGCUGACCUUCGGAGGUCUCGGUAACUUCGGGACACGCAUGGUGUUCAUCAACCUGACCAACGAGAAACAGCUGGGGACUUUGCGGCAGGACAUGAACGACCUGCUGCAGAAGGAGGGAAUCUUCACCACCGACAACAGGUUCACGCCGCACGUCACCCCUCUUCAGGGAGGGCUCCAGGCGCCGCUUCAGUAAGUCCUCGCUGACUGUGCAGGACUUGGUCAGCCGCAAAGACAUUCCGCCAGUCGCCGCCUCGCCGCUUACCAAAAUCGUGUUCCAGAAGCUUCGCGACUAGACGGCGAGGCGCUGGUGAUAAUAUGUUGUUUGUCAUAAAUUGGUUCUUCGCAAAUUAGUGUUGUCUGUCACAAUGCAGUUCUUCACUAGUAAGUGUUGUCUGUCACAGUGCAGUUCUUCGCUAAUAAGUGUUAUUUGUCACAGUGCAGUUCUUCGCUACUAAGUGUUAUUUGUCACAGUGCAGUUCUUCGCUAGUAAGUGUUGUCUGUCACAGUGCAGUUCUUCGCUAGUAAGUGUUGUCUGUCACAGUGCAGUUCUUCGCUAGUAAGUGUUAUUUGUCACAGUGCAGUUCUUCGCUAGUUAGUGUUGUCUGUCACAGUGCAGUUCUUCGCUAGUAAGUGUUAUUUGUCACAGUGCAGUUCUUCGCUAGUUAGUGUUGUCUGUCACAGUGCAGUUCUUCGCUAGUAAGUGUUAUUUGUCACAGUGCAGUUCUUCGCUAGUAAGUGUUGUCUGUCACAGUGCAGUUCUUCGCUAGUAAGUGUUAUUUGUCACAGUGCAGUUCUUCGCUAGUAAGUGUUAUUUGUCACAGUGUAGUUCUUCGCUAGUAAGUGUUGUCUGUCACAGUGCAGUUCUUCGCUAGUAAGUGUUGUCUGUCACAGUGCAGUUCUUCGCUAGUAAGUGUUAUUUGUCACAGUGCAGUUCUUCGCUAAUAAGUGUUGUUUUUCAAAAAAUAGAUCUUCGCUAACUCUGAAUGGCAGUAAAAAAAUAAAAUUACUAACAUACUUACUAUUACUUCUACGAACAUAGGAGCAUAAGAGAAUAAGGGAAACUACGAGAAGCCAUCAAGCCUACGUGUGGCAGUACCUGUAUGUUACACGCUUGCGUAUUUCCGCCUAUCAACCCAUUCACAAAUCUGUCUGAUCUCCCUAGUGACUCAACACUAACAACCUGAGUACUGGGCAUAGUUCAUUCAUCUACCACUCUAUUACUAUCACCACUACUACUAACACUACUCAUAUACUAGGAUUGUACAUGUACGUGGAUAGUUUUGUUAUACGUAUCUUCCAUUACAACUAGCACACGUAACGCAGGAUCAAUUAACACACACAGAAAAUUGACUUAGAAAUUGGACACGAUGCGGCAGUGGUGUGGAAGAUUCCUCUCUCUCCUGGCCACUUACUUGUCACUAAGGGACGGAGGAACAACAAAGACUACACUUAUGCUUGAGAAGAAACAACAGAGAGGGCACAACACGAUAACUGGUGUGAUCAUGUGUAGACACGUGGUGCUAUUGUGUAAGAGUGAGGCUCUAUCUUAUCUCUCUCUCUCUCUCUCUCUCUCUCUCUCUCUCUCUCUCUCUCUCUCUCUCUCUCUCUCUCUCUCUCUCUCUCUCUCUGGUUGACUCUUGCAUUGUCAAUAUCAUUCACAUUUAACUUUAUGGAAAAGACGUGGGCAGAAGCUUGAAAAUUUAGGUUUAGGAAAGAGAUAGGAGGAAACUGAUUCUCAAACAGAGUGGUAGAUGAGUGGAACGGACUCAGUAAUCAUGUUGUUAGUGUUAGGACAUUAGGGAGCUUUAAGAGAAGAUCAGACGGGUUUAUGGGUGGGAAUGAUAGGUGGAAGGGAGUGCCACGUGUAAGCCUGGUCGCUUCUUGCAGCUUCCCUUAUUUUUUAUGUUCUUAUGUUCUUAAGAAGGGGUGUUGUAUUGUGUCCACCCCCCUGUCUCUUGCCUGGCAGUCUUCACAGAACUAGAUGUGUCAUGUACAGCUCCUUUCACAGAUGAAUAAACACGAGGCAGUGACUGAGUCAGUGAAAACCACAACUACCCACUCACUAACGCAUGCCUGUCCCGCCUCAAGACAAUUAUUCAUUCCUCCUUCUUUCACCCUCCCUUUCUCUCUCUCUCUGGGAAUUCGCACCGGAAUGUCUCCUGCUUACGGUUGCAUUCGAUUCCCCGCCGAGGAGGAGGAGGCGGUGAGAUUGCUGCCCUAGAGAAGUGAACAGCAGCCGCUCUUGGCAUCACCCAGACAGGAAACGCUAGUGAUUAAGACUCGAAAUUCUUUGUGCUUACUUAACUGAGUCACCAGCGUCACUCCUGUUUCUCCUCCUCCUCUACUAACUUAACCUCUCCUUUAUUUAACUCCUCCUCAUUCUUGUCCUCCUCCACAUCUAACUCGUUCUCCUCCUCCUCCUCCUCCUCCUCUUCCACUAACUUGUCCUGCUCCUCCUAUCCUAAUUUGACAUCUUCCUUAUCUACCUUCUCCUCAUUCUCCCUCUCCUCCUCUGACUCGUCGUCUCCCUCUCCCUCUUCCUCCUUUUUUUUUUUUUCGUGUUUCUCAUCGUUUCCCCCUUCCUCCUACUCUUCCUUCUCCUCCUUCUCUAAUUCGUCGUCUCUCUCUUCCUUUUUUUUCCUCUUUCUUCUUCGUGUUCAUGAUUGUCUUCCUCUUCCCCCUCUUUAUCAUUCUGGCGCAAUAUGACCCCGCUGUUGUGGCGCUUAUCACCACAUUAGAUUAAUAACAUAUUCAUGCAGUGGAUCACUAACAAAAACAAACAUGCGAUAUUAAAUAAACAGAUGAACAAAUAUUGGUAUAAUGAAAGACGAUAUUUGUAACACAUUCACAAAUACUGUAAUCAUCCUCUCCAAAAUAUAAUAUUCUAUGAUAACAAUA